AUGCCUCCAAUAAGUGAUCGGGGGGCUUUGGAAGCUCACAUACUACACCAAGAAAUAGUCAAGCUAGAUACUAUGGCUAAACAGAAGAUCGACUACAUUAUGCAGAGUGUUCGAGACGAAAAGACUUUGUACGAAGAAACCAGAGAAGCUAAAGAUCUGCUGACGUCGUUGAAAAACAAAAUUGAUGCUCUAAAAACAGUGACGUUAAAGCUGUCAUCUAGAAGGGAGCAGCAAAACGUUCGCGAUAAUGCUGAGCGUCACAGUAAGGAGCUCACUGAGAAUCAGCAACAACUACGAACUGCAACCAUUCAUGCAAGGAAAACUAUCAAUGAAUCGGCACGAUCUUCGUUAUUCGAAAGCACUUCUGAUGGACCAGAGCGAAAGAAGCGGCAAAUGGGGGAGAAGAACUUGAAGGAAGACGCUAUGAAGACAACUGAACGUCUGUCAGAACUGCUGUCAAGGAUGGGUGAACAAGUUACACAAAGUGAGCAGACGAUGGACAGCUUGGUUCACUCAAGUUCGGUUCUUGCUCAAACUCAUAAGGAGUUUGAGAGUCAUGCGGGUUAUAUACAGACGGGAAGCAAACUGCUAUCUAAAUACGAACGACGAGAGCUAACGGACAAAAUUCUUGUAACCAUUGCACUCAUUUUUUACCUAGCAGUGAUUUAUUAUAUUUUACAGAAGAGGGUAUUGUCUAAGUUUUGGUUGUGUUCGUGGUUCAUAGUCAUGGAAAUUGAUAAAAGCCCAGUGAAGAUGGAAGACAUGGUUCGAGAAUACGCUGAGUUGCUCCGAAAGUCGAAUGAUGAGGAUGCUAAACGCAUGGUAGUUCGUGUGGAGGGAAUUCUUGAGGCAACUGAUGACUCCGGUCGAAGCACUCCACAUUUUGCUGCUGUCGGCGGCUGCAUGCCGAUUCUUCAACUCGCCAUUUCUCAAGAUAAGAUGGCGGCUAAUCGCACAGACGAUUUAAGUUUUGGAUUAGUUUUGUUUUAUAUCUAUCCAGCCAAGAUCAAUAGUGAGAUGGGCUGGACCCCACUUAUGAUUGCGGCUUCCGCUGGUCGCGUCGAGGUUGUGCGCUAUUUGUUAUCGUUGCCGCAGGUUGAUGUGAAUCACAGAAACAACAAUCUGCAAACAGCUCUUCAUUACGCAGCAAGCAGAAACCAUGCUGAGAUCACCCAUCUACUGCUCGAAGCUGGCUCUGAUGUCAAUGCUGCCGACAAAUUUGGAGCCACUCCACUUCACAGGGCGGCUAGUCAGGGGCACGAUAAGAUAGUCCAUAUGCUCCUUGGUCGUGCGAAAAUUCACAUCGAUGCUAGAAAUUCUGAAGGAAACACACCUCUAUUCCUUGCAUGCGAAGAGGACCGCGAGGAUGCUGCUAUUGCAUUGGCUAGAAAAGGAGCUAGCCUGACUGUAAAAAACAAGGAGGAGCAAACUCCUCUUGACGUAGUGAAGACCAGCGAUCUUCGAAUGAAACUGCGCAAAGCUGAACAGCAUGCCCAGGCAAUGCAGCAGUGA